AUGGCAACUGCUCUCGUGACAUCCUCUGUGGCCGCGAACUCCGCUUGCAUGCGGUUGCCUAACAUGCCCCUGAGGCUUGCACCCGCCACCGUCUCCUUCCCCUCUCGUCCAUGGUCAGCCGCACUAACCUCGUGCACUGGAUUGUCGCGGCACUCUGACGUGGUUGCCGCCGCGGGGCACCAGAAGUUGAUGGGAUCUUUGACCAGCAACGAGGGGCUCAGGUUUGGGGUGGUUGUGGCACGGUUCAAUGAGGUUGUGACAAACUUGUUACUGCAGGGUGCUCUUGAAACUUUCGAGCGAUACUCUGUUAAAGCAGAAAAUAUAACAGUUGUUAGUGUUCCUGGAAGCUUUGAAGUUCCUAUAACAGCACAAAAGCUUGGGAAAUCUGGAAAAUUUGAUGUGAUUCUGUGCAUUGGAGCUGUGAUUAGAGGUGACACAACCCACUAUGAUGCUGUUGCAAACUCAGCUGCAUCAGGUGUACUCAAUGCUGGAUUAUCUGCUGGUGUUCCUUGUGUAUUUGGUGUUCUAACGUGUGAAGACAUGGAUCAGGCGCUAAACCGUGCUGGUGGCAAGGCUGGUAACAAGGGUGCUGAAGCUGCUCUUACUGCCGUAAGAAUCGUCCUGGGUUUCGUCAAUGAGCAAAACAGGCCAUUGAAUUCACAGAAUGCAGCUGAUGCACUACAGAAGUUUAAUCUUAAGAAGACUGCAGUACAAAAGGCACUGGAUGCAUUGGCUGACAGUGGACAGAUUUCCUUCAAGGAGUAUGGCAAGCAGAAAAUUUACAUUGCUCGGCAAGAUCAAUUUGAAAUUCCAAAUAGCGAAGAACUUGAGGAGAUGAAGAAAACAAAUGCCAAGUUACAGGAAGAACUCGCGGAUCAAAAGAAAGCAAUUAGUGAGGUUGAAUCUGAGGUACGAGGUCUGCAGUCAAACUUGACAUUGGCAGAGGUUACGUCAAAGCAGACUAAAUUACAAAGCGAAGUCCAGGAAAUGGAAGAGAAACUAACUAAAUUGCGUAGUGGUGUUACCUUGGUGAAACCUGAGGACAAGAAGAUCAUUGAGAAUUCCUUUGCUGAGAAAGUUAACCAAUGGAAAAAGCGGAAGAGGAUGUUCAAGGAGCUUUGGGAUAAUAUUACUGAGAAUAGUCCAAAAGAUCAGAAGGAAUUCAAGGAAGAACUUGGUCUCGAGUACGAUGAAGAUGCUGAUGUGAACCUGCAGUCUUACUCUGACAUGCUAGCAAGUCUCAACAAAAGGCGAAAAUUUUCCCGUUGA